AUGUUGCCGCAUCAUCAGCGCCAUAAAAUGGCGUCACUUCUGGCCAUCUUGAUGCUCAGCUGCUGCCUCAUCGCGCCGCUUGACGCCCGCUCCCGGGACAAGGAGGAGCGUCGCAGUCGGGGGCGUGGCAGCAGCACAGGCGCCUCAGUUGCCACCUCGGCGGUAACCAGCAACAGUAAUGGCAACAGCAAUGGCAGCAACAAUGGCUACUAUCGCAGCUCAACGGCAUUCGGUGCGUCCACAGGCAGCACUGGCUAUAACGGACCCAUGGACAGCACCGGCUUCUGCACACGGCGACGUGACAUGAAACUCAUGUGCUAUUGCACGCCGGAUGAGAAUCACAUUCCCGUGCAGAAGGCCGAGUGCUGGGUCUUCUCGGAGGGACUGCAUCAGAAUGACACGACCUGGACGCGCUUCUAUCAGCAGAAGAGUCUGCGCGAACUCAAGUUCGUCAUACAGAACAAUGCACGUCUCGACUAUAUACCCAGCAUGAUCAUUGAGCCCCUGAAGAAUCUGAGCAGCAUUGUCAUCGAGUACUCCCAAGUGGAGAUCGUCAAGAGCUAUGCCUUCGCCAAUCUACCCUUCCUCGAGCGCAUCAUACUGAACAACAAUCAUAUAAUGGCCCUCGAUCAGGAUGCAUUUGCCAAUCACGUUCGACUGCGUGAACUCAACUUGGAGCACAAUCAGAUCUUUGAGAUGGAUCGUUAUGCAUUCCGCAACUUGCCACAUUGUGAGCGUCUCUAUUUGAACAACAACAACAUAAGCACGCUGCACGAAGGACUCUUUGUGGAUAUGACACGUUUGACCUACUUGAAUUUGGCCCACAAUCAGAUCAAUGUCCUAACCAGCGAGAUCUUUCGCGGACUGGGAAAUCUCAAUUUACUCAAAUUAACGCGCAAUAAUCUCAACUUUAUUGGUGACACCGUGUUUGCCGAACUCUGGAGUCUGAGUGAACUCGAACUGGAUGACAAUCGCAUCGAGCGCAUUUCGGAGCGUGCCUUGGACGGUCUGAACAAUUUGAAAACUUUGAAUUUGCGCAAUAAUUUGCUGAAGAAAAUUGACAAUGGGCUGCUGCGUGGCACACCGGCGUUGCUGUCAAUCAAUGUGCAGGCCAACAAAUUGGAAACACUGACGUUCUACACGUUUCAGCCAAUUAUGGACAAUUUGGUCAACAGCACCAGUGAGCUGUUGGUGUCAGACAACAAAUUCAUCUGCGAUUGUCGUCUACAAUGGAUCUUUGAAUUGAAAAAUCGCACACGUCACCUGCAGCUGCGGGAUUCGCUGGAGAAUUUCAUUUGCACACUGCAGGAGCCGAAGCUGUCGCACUUUGUGGACCCGGUGCCAUCGCAUAUCCUGGACCUGCUCAACAUUGGCGGCUUCACGGCCAUCGGCAGCAACAGCGCCAGCAUGGGCGGCAUUGGGAACGGUGUGAGCAGCGUGAGCAGCAUGAGCAGCAACUAUGCGACUCUGGAUGAGCUGAAUGCUGGCAACAGCAUUGGCUCCAGGAAGCAUGCCUCGAGUAAGUCGCGUCAGGCGUUGCGUGGCCAGCGCCAGUUUACGGAUCUCGCCGAGAAUAAUGCCGUGGAGUCGAAGCUGCGGCAGCGACGCAAGCGGCAACAGCAGCAGCAGAAGGAUGUGGCAGGUGUGGCAGCUGUGGCACAGACGCAAAAACGCUACGAUUACUACGAUGAGGCAACUGGCGGACAUGUGUCUGGCAUGGGAUUGGGACACGGCGGCCUGGACAUGGAUGACAACCUGAAUCUGCACAAACAGAGCUCGUUCUAUGGCGGCGCCGGCUCCGGUUCCAGCAGCAGUGGCGCCAUCUUGGCCCACAAUGAUGUGGACGUGCUGCUCGGCGGUGGCACGUUGCAUCAACCAGCAGUUGGCGACUCUCUCGAUGCUCUGGCCACCAAGAACUCGAUCAGUGUGCGUCUGUUUAUGCUGAAACCCGAGAUGCUGCCCUGCCACGACGAACUGAGCGAUCCCACCGAGCUGCCCCUCUCCCGUGACCUCAUGGACGUGCGCAGCAAUGCGGGACAGGAUCAGCUGAUCAAUGGUGCUCCACUGCAGACACUCCAGAUUGCCCUCUGUGUAUCACUCAGCUCGCUGGUGGCACUCUUCAGCCAGGGUUGAAUCCCUGAGCUGCUUGGCUCGUUCAAUGAGUUUUAGAUCGUUGUAAAUACUCGUGAGCAUUCAUUUGGUUGUUCGAAACUAAAGAAGACGCCUAGCUCUUAAGUCAAAGUGAGAAGCAGCAAACUUCUUGGUUUAACUAUUUUGGAAACGAGCUUCACACACAGCAACACACACAGGAACAGACUCACAACACUCAGAUACACACUAAAGAUACAGAUACAGCAACGUGAAAUCUAAACUAAACUCUUGUAAAUAUGUAAAAAUGGAAAUUCGAGUAACCUACUAAUUUAAUCCUAGCUGAUAGCUGUAAUAUUAGUCUCUCGACUUUGACGCAAACUUUAAUACAGAACCGAACUACAACCAAAAACAUAACAAAUUGAGAACCUCCGAGCAAACUGGCGUUUCAUUUAAACUCAAACUAAUAACCGUUAAACAAAACAACUGCAACAAGAACCGAACAAAAAAAACCAUAAAGAAAAUCUUAAUAAGAAAAAUGCAAGUGAGCAAACCAAAGUGAGCAAACACUGUACUACAUAGCAUAUAGUUUGACUAGCCAUAGAGUUGAAUUAUUUGAGAUUCGUUUAACUUGAGCAAGGUACACACUACAUACAGUAACAGUAAAAACUUGGAAAGCGCUAAACGUCUUAGGUACAGUGAGGUCAACAACUAACUAACUAACUAGAGUCAGUUUUAGUGUACUAAGGUCCACAUGAGGCAUGCCUGUAAAAAACUUGAUAGAAAAUGAUAAAAACGAAGCAAAAAAAAAAGAGAAAGCUGAAAUUAGAUACAGAUGCAAAGAUACAGAUACUUAGAUACAUAGAGUAAUGCAGCCUGCAUCUGGGUUCUAUAUAUAAAUUACAGUUAAGAUUGCUUUCUAGCUGUAAGUCACACACUCACUCCUCACUCCCUGUCUUUAGAACUGCUGCUGCCACGCCCAAAAAAAAA